UCAGAAAGAAUCUGAGACCUGGACUUCUAGGGAUGCUUGGAGAUAUUCAAAACUGGAACACAUUUAACAUCGUUUCCACGAAAGCUUCUCUGGAUGUGUUUCUGCCCAAUGGACAGAGUAUCAAAGUCGAAAUUCUAACAUCGGCUACUGCUGAAAGAGUCCUAGAGGUGGUGUCACACAAGAUUGGACUGUGUCGGGAGCUCAUGGGCUACUUCGGCCUCUUUCUCAUUCGGUUUUGCAAGGAGGGCAAGCUCUCUGUUGUGAAGAAACUGGCUGACUUUGAACUCCCUUAUGUCAGUCUUCAAAGUUCUGAAGUGGAAAACUGUAUGGUUGGACUCAGGAAGUGGUAUAUGGACCCAUCCCUUGACUCCAUGCUGAUGGACUGCAAAGCGGCCGUGGAUUUGCUCUAUAUGCAGGCAAUACAGGACAUGAAAAAAGAAUGGACCAAACCUACCCAGGAGCAGAGGCAGAAAUUAGAGGCGCUCCAGAAAGAAGACAACCAAACCAAGUUUUUGGAGCUGGCCCAGGAAGUGCAGCACUACGGAUACAUGCAGCUGGACCUCUGUACCUGCGACUACCCAGAACCAGGCUGUGGGACUGUUCUUUCUGUCGGCAAUAACGAAAUCAGUUGCUGCAUCACCCUGCCUGAUAACCACACCCAGGACGUUGUUUUCCAGAUGAACAGGGUGAAGUGUUGGCAGGUUACUUUCCUUGGAACUCUGCUGGAUGUGGACGGUCCCCAGCGAAUGCUCAACCAGAACCUGGAGCUCAGAUUCCAAUACUGUGAGGAUAGUCGCUGGCAGUGGUUUGUUAUUUACACCAGACAGGCUUUUUUACUGAGUAACUGCUUGAAAAAGAUGAUCUCAGAAAAGAUGGUAAAGCUAGCUGCCGAGAACCCAGAAAUGCAGAUUGAAGUUCCAGAACAAGGCAAAACGAAAAAAUACCACACUCAACAGAGCCAGCAGAAAGACUAUUCUAGUUUUCUACCAAGAAAAAACAAGAUUAAGAUAGCUAGAGCUGACUGUGUUUUUGGGACCAUAAAGGAAGAAGAUCUUUGAAGAAAAGUCUCACAUUUUUAAGUGUCCACUGAAGCUAUCUCAAGACAGUGAAAGAACUUGGGAGUUGAGGUGGGCUUCCUACCGCUUCCCUUUUUUCUGGCAUUGCAAUAGACUGUGUUAAUCAAGAGUACUGCAGCACCUAUGGAAAUCUCAAGAUCAGAAA